AGCACGGUUCAGGAGGUCACAGGGCCCAAGGCGUUGGCCGACUAUGACCUCGGCGAGCAGAUCGGGUCGGGCGGGCCGGGCAUGCUGUGGAAGCUGUACCGCGCGACGCCCAAGAGCAAGGCGCAGCAGACGGUGACGUCGGAGGUGUGCGUGUGGUUCCUCGACAAGAAGGAGCUCUCGGAGGAGCGCUCACACCGCGGCAUGAGCAAGGCGGCGGAGGACCGGCUGCUGGACAUAUUCCGCGCGGACGCGAAGGUGCUGCAGAAGCUGCGGCACCCGGGGAUCGUGCGCGUGGUGGAGGCGCUGGACGAGAGCAAGUGGGCCAUGGCCAUGGUCACCGAGCCCGUCUUCUCCUCCCUCGCCAACGCCCUCGGCAACCUCGAGAACCUCACCACCAUCCCUCAUGAGCUUGAAAAACUGGAGCUGGGGCAGCUGGAGGUGAAGCACGGGCUGAUGCAGCUGGCGGAGACGCUGAGCUUCAUCCACCGCAACGCCAACAUCAUCCACCGCGGCAUCAACCCCGAGACAGUGUUCAUCACAAAGAAUGGCGGGUGGAAGCUGGCCGGGUUUGGCUUCUCCGUGCCUGCUGACCAACAGCCUGACCCCGAUGAACCCGCCUUCCUCUACCCUGACUUUGACGUGGACGACCAAGUGCUGCCACUGCAGCCGCUGCUGGACUACGUGGCACCCGAGCUCACACGGCGCCCCACCAUCAACCGCUCCUCCGCUGCCGCCUCCCGGGACGCACUCGCCAGUGUCGACGUCUUCUCCCUCGCGCUGCUCGCCUUCCAGCUCAUUGCGCGCCGCCGCCUCGUGCACGCCAACAACAACCUGCGCACCUACAACAACCGGGUGGGGGGGCUGAGAACCGAGUCACUAGCGGGCAUACCUAUGGAGCUCGAGACAGACCUGCGCCGCAUGCUCGCCUCUGAACCUGCCGCCCGCCCGACCGCCUCUGAGUUCGCCGCAUCGCCAUUCUUCACGGAGGACAUGCGUCUGCGAGCCCUCAGAUUCCUCGACCAAAUGAUUGGCCGGGACAACAACGCGAGGGUGGAGUUCCUAAAGUCGCUGCACAGCAUCUGGGCGGGGUUUGACAGCCGAGUGCUGCGCUUCAAGGUGCUCCCCGCUCUCCUGGAGGAGCUCAAGAACCCCGCCACGCAGCUGCUGGCGCUGCCAUGGGUGCUGGAGGUGGCAGAAGCACAGGACGCACAGGACUUUGAGCUGCGCACUCAGACGCUGCUGCUGCCCGCCAUGGAGCAUGCGGGUGGUGAUGUGCUGCUGCUCUUCAUCAAGCACCUCCCCGCCAUUGUCUCCAAGGUGUCACCACCCAUCCUGAUGUCGCACGUGCUGCCCAUGAUAGUGCGAGCUUACGAGGACGCCGACCCGCGCCUGCAGGAGGAGACACUGCGGCGCUCAGCGGUGUUGGUGUCGUCGCUGGACUUUGAGAUCGUGCGCACCGUCAUCAUGCCGCGCGUGCACAUGCUCGCCCUCCGCACCUCCGUCGCUGCCGUGCGGGUGCAGGCGCUCAUCUGUCUGGGCGACCUGAUACCCAACCUGGACAAGGCGGCCGUGAUGGACAUUCUGCAGACGUGUGUUCGCUGCGCUGCUGUCGACCGCUCGCCCCCCACGCUCAUGUGCAUCGUUGGCAUCGCUGACAUCAUCCAGAGGCAGUACGGAAUAGAGUUUGCAGCGGAGCACAUACUGCCGCUGCUGUGCCCCAUGCUCGUGGUGCAGCAGCUCACAGGCCCGCAGUUCGCCCGCUUCCUCAAACUCAUCAUGGACGUUCUCACCAAGAUACAGGACAAGAGGGGCGUGUCAUUGAGUGAGGCGGACUCCAUAUCCCUCGACCUCGCAUCAAUGGGCAUCUCCACGCCCUCCGAUGCCACCACCGCCUUUGAUGACAGCCUCAAAUGUGGACAUGGUGAUUUUAGCCUCCCCAUUUGUCCUCCUGCCAUCCGCCUCUCCUCCCGUUCCCCACUGCCUCCCACACCAUCCCCCUCCCCCUUCCCUCCCUCCACCAGCGCCAAGCCAGCAUGGGACGCACAACCAGACUGGGCCAAGGCACCCGCCUCCUCCUCCGCUGCCCCCUCCGCCCCCUCCUCCUUCUCUGAUCCCUUCGCGUCCGCUCCCCCCAUCUCCUCCACCCCCGCUUCAUCCGCCUCCUCUGCUUUUGGCACCCCAGACCCCUUUGCGUCCUCUGCUCUCUCCUCCGGCCCUGCCCCCAGCCUUUCAUCCCUGUCUUCUAAUCCUGCAGGCGGCAUGGGGGGCAUUGGUGGGGGUGGCUUGGGGGGGAUGGGAGGAGGCGGUAUUGGGGGCGGCAGCAGCAUAGGCGGUGGGGGUAUGGGAGGCCUUGGCAGCGGCUUGGGAGGGGGGUUAGGGGGGGCACCUAUGGGAGGGUCACUAGGAGGGGGGCUGGGAGGAAGCACAGGGUUCGGUGGGGGGCUGGGAGGAGGCAUGGGUGGAGGGUUGGGAGGGAGCGCAGCAGGAGGAGGGGGAGGUGCGGGUGCAAGUGACCCCAACGAUCCCUUCGCAGACUGGCCGCCCAGAAAACCGCAGGCAGCAGCAACGCCAGCAGCAGCAAUGAGUGCUGCUUCCCGCCCCCUGGGCGGCGUGUCCAAGGCCAGUGGGCCACUGGAUAUGGAUGACUGGGGCGGCAGCUCCUUCCAGUCUGCCGCCCCGCCUGCCACUGUUGCCAGCACAGGCAUGGGCAUAGGGAUGGGCAUGGGAGGGGGAAUGGGGGGUGGGGGCAUGGGAGCAGGCAUGGGUAUGGGAAUGGCUCGGCCUAUGGGGGGCGUGGGCAUGGCUCCAGGGUUUGGUGCCUUUCCUGCUGCUCCCAUAGGUGGCAUGGGUGGCAUGCCUGCAAUGGCUGCCCCCCCUGCUGGUGGGGCUGUGUAUGGUGCGAUGCGGUUCGCCCCUCCCCCAUCGCAGGGCUUCCCUGCCCCACCUGCCUCUUCUGCCAUGGGCUCUGGUUUCACACCACCUCAGCGCCCUGCUGCUCCCCCUCAAUCCGGAGGCGCUCUAAUGGACCUCCUGUGA